AAUUUUAGGGUAAACCAGAAGAGAUCGGCUAUUCUGAACACCCCCUAUGUUACCCUUACCAACCAGUGCAUCUAAAAUUAGGGUAAACCUGAACGUUCUUCUCAGUGUUCCUUAUAAAACCCUUGUAAGCGCCUCCUUUUUCUUUCUCUCGUUCCUGCUGAAGCAGAAGGGUUCCUCACUCUCUUCAUCUGAUUGAACAAAAUGUACACCUCGAGGAAGAAAAUUCACAAGGAUAAGGAUGCCGAGCCCACUGAAUUUGAGGAGACAGUUGGACAGUACUUGUUCGACUUGGAGAACACCAAUCAGGAUCUGAAAAGUGACUUGAAAGAUCUCUACAUAAACCAAGCUAUUCAAAUGGAUGUGGCUGGUAAUCGCAAGGCUGUAGUCAUCUAUGUGCCUUUCAGAUUGAGGAAGGCAUUCCGCAAGAUUCAUCUUCGACUUGUCAGAGAGUUGGAGAAGAAGUUUAGUGGGAAGGAUGUUGUCUUGAUUGCCACAAGGAGGAUCGUGCGACCGCCAAAGAAAGGCUCUGCUGUUCAGCGACCCCGAACCCGCACUUUGACCGCUGUCCAUGAUGCCAUGCUGGAGGAUGUUGUGUAUCCUGCAGAGAUUGUUGGCAAACGGGCCAGAUAUAGAAUUGAUGGCUCAAAAAUAAUGAAGGUUUUCUUGGACCCCAAGGAGCGCAACAACACUGAGUACAAGCUGGAGACCUUUUCUGGAGUUUACAGGAAGCUUACUGGAAAAGAUGUAGUAUUUGAGUAUCCAAUCUCAGAAGCCUGAGAUGCUGCUGCUUGGUUUAAUGGAGUAUUGUUUUUUUGGCAGAUUUUUCUGUUAGAAUUACAUAUUUAUGUUAAACAAUAACCAAAAUUUUGACUUCUGGAAUUUUAUUUGAUGCUUCUUCACCUUGAUGACAUUAAAAUCACCAAGGGAGAGUAUUUUCUGUGGCUAUACUUGGAUUUAGAUUGGUUUUCCUUUAGGAUAAAUAUUGAACCUUGGCUUUAUUUGUUACACGAGUGUUGUGUUGUCCACAGUGCA